AAUAACUCAUCUCACUCUCAUUGAACUGAAAUAAUAUUCAAUUUUCAGUUGAAUUUUAGUUCUGGUUUAUAACACUUCGUUGGAUUUAGAAGACAUAAUGGAAAUUCUUAUUGUGCUACAGAUUUUAGCAGUGUCUUCAGUAUUCACAAUAACAAUAGCUGCUGCUGAAUCUGAACCGCCACAUUAUAGUUCACUUCGAGUUAUGGCCGAGGCUGCGAUUGAAGAUUGCUACGAGGAUUCGGCUCAGAGUGUCAAAGUGCAGAUAACCGAUGAGAGUUUUGAUGAAAUAUUGAAGGGUUCUCGCACUAAUUUAUCACACAGUGCGAAGUGUUUACGAUACUGUAUCAUGCGCAAAAAUGGCUUGUUAAGUAUGGAUAACUCAAUCGACGAGGAAAACAUUUUGCAAAUAUUUGAAAUAAUACAUCCUCAAAUUAAAAAGGAUUCACUACUGGAUGUGCUAUAUAAAUGUGCGCGUGAAACGGAUAAGCAAACUGAUAAUUGUGAGCGCGCUUUCGUGGCAACCAGUUGUAUUCUCCGAGAGCUGCAAGCAGAUGGUAUAACCGAUAUUUAAAACAACACUUGAAGAUGCCUUUUAAAUAUGUGUGCAAUAUAAUUAUAAAUAUUAAAGAAAUUUUCAAUGUUGUAAAUAUAUGCGAAUAACGCAUUUACUUGUGUAUUUCGAUGCAUACACUUCGAAUAUUAUUUAUUCAAAAUUUUUCGCUUAAUUUCAGUGGAUCAAAAUUUUAUUUAACUUAAUUAACUUUGGUUUGCGCUUAAACUCUAAAUCACACUAUAAAAUACUUAAUAAAUUUUAAAUAGUCCUCCAAGCGCUGCUCUUCAACUACGUCCAGCAGCAGUGAUACACAUGCGCUAUACUCCAAAAUGGCCUGCAGCAGCUCUAGCGAUUCCAUGUUGGCGCCAAACAUCACUUACGAAUUGUCAGUUUGAAAAUGCACAAUGGCAUUGUUUAUACAUUGCGCAAUAUCACAAUACUUAUGUGUGCUUGUCAAGAAACGCAUCCGCGCGCUCCAGCUGUUUUGAUUGGACUACUUAUUGUAAUUGUUUAGUGAGGAGGAAAACACUAGUUGUUCGAAGUGUACGACAAGAUUGCACAGUUAAAAGCGGUUGACCUUUGGCUGCAUUCACGCAUGCGCUUUCAUUUCAUUGCAUGUGUGAAAGGUUGCUGACCAACUACAUACAAAUAUUGCAAUGCAUGUGCCUUAAAAGAUCUGUUUUUGCACUUACCCACAUGUGCAAAUACAUAUGUACGUCUACUAUAUACUUCAUAGAAAAUAUGUUUACUUCUGGUUCGUUUUUUAUUACGAUGUGAGGUCAAAUAGUACUUUGCAAAUUACGUCAACUGCGUUUAACGGAGUUUGUAAAAUUUAAUAACUUUAGUCAUCGAUACGCAAUUAAGUGCAGAGUUGCUUCAGUUUAAAAAAUGUCGUUAAUUUUUUAAACAAUCUUAUUAAAAAAGAAAAAAAAAAAACUUUACCUUCGGUAUAAUACCCUUCACAGAUGUGUUACUUAUGGCAUAAAAGAGUGUAGAAGAUCUUUACACUUAACACAAUGCCUCGUACAAUAAUAAAGCCAAAUUUCGAGAAGAUACCUCAAAAGGUAUUACCAGAAGUGCAUAUGCUAAAGUUAACCGAAAUUGGUAAUUGGUCUAACGACCGGUGGCUGCAAAUAUGAAAUUAUUUGCUCACCUAAGUGUUCUUUCAAAAAAUCCAUUGAUUGAUGCGAUGUGCGGGAAGUGCCGCCGUCUUGUUGAAACCAAAUGUCACCGAGUUCACGAGCUUCGAUUUCAGACACCAAGGAGUCGGUUAUCAUGGCGUGAAAACGGUCGCCAUUGACGGUUACCUUGUCAUCGACUAUAUUUUUGUAUAAAUAUGGACCAAUGAUUAAACCGGCGCACAAAUUCCACCAAACCGUUGUUUCUUUUGGAUGAAAUGAUGAGAUGAAAUCUUGAAUCUCUUCAAGUCCUUGUCCCAAAUGAGGCAAUUUUGCUUGUUUACAUACCCAUUGGGCCAGAAAUGGCUCUUAUCGCUGAAUAAAAUUUGGCUCGAAAACGUUGGAUCUUUUUGAAUUUUCAUCCGCUUUUUAUAUACUCCAUAGUCCAGAUAUUUGUUUUUGAAUUUCCAAUUUGAACUUAUUGAAAAUAAAAUUAUUAACCUUUUUAUGUCAGUAUAAAAGUGGCCGUGGUUAAAAAUAUUUUGAGGACACAAGGUUUUUAGUCGAGCCUUGAAUAUUAGGGUAAUUCAAAGAAAAAAAUAUUUUUUUUUUAGUUUUAACGGUAAGGUCCUUAUUUUAUUAUCAGAUAGAAAAAUGUAUAUCUCGCUUCCAACUACUUGCAAAAAUACCUUGCUCCUUAGAUUUUGUAGGAAAUUGAAUGCUCUACAAAAAAGGUCUCCUAUGAUUUUUUCGUAAAUCCAACCGUUUAAAAGAUAUUAACAGUUAAAGUUUGAUUAUUUUUGGGAAAUUUUUUUAUUUCUUAUGAAUUUUAUAACUCAAUGAAAAAAAAUCAUUAUGAAUGAUGAAAUCUAUUUUUCUGAGUACCAAACGAAAAAAUAUAUAUAUUUUUUUUGAAUUACCCUAUUGAAUAUGAACUUACUUGUAUCUCUGCUGGUUUUAGCUUUGCUUAUAAGCAACAUUGUAACGUGGUUGUGGCUUUUUGAUUUUAUAUAUUACCUUUAUUAAUUUUCAAUAUAUUUCAUGUGAGAUAUGAAACUUUCCCUCUACAGCGUUGUGCGCUAGCUUUGGGACCCGCCACGUAAAAAACGCCUCCAAUGAAAAGAAAGCAGUUGUUAACUCGGCUAUAACCGCGUAAGCGGUUUCCACGCCAGUAAAGGAGAAGAACAGAUAUGGAUUUCGGAAUCCCGGUUUGACAAAGUCUUUACCUUCCUUUUCCUCCCAAUUCUUCCUAACGAUCAUUUCGAUCGAGAGGCAUGGAUUUUGGCGGUUCAGAAAUGUACGAUCGCUUUGAUGAUGACGUAUAUGAAACGUCUGGCACUGAAGAUGAUGCUGGAGACGCUUUUUGAAUUAUCGAAGCAAUUGCUGAUGAACGACCUUUUUUCCGUGGAUUCAUUUGUGUAAUAUUAGACGAGUGUAGAAACUCGUUUUUAAUACAUUAAUUGUUUAUUUGCCUCACCAUUAUUACGACCAUAAAAUGUCAAAGUGCACGAAGAAAUUAAAUAAUUUGUAAAAGUUCUUCUUGAGUAUAUCUUCCCACUAUAAAAUUGUAAAUAUUAUUGAAUGCAAUGUUAAAAAAUACAGACAAUGACAUAUUAAAACCAUUAAUUUUUGGUUUGGAACAUUAUCCAAGAUAAAACAUAAAAAUAUUAAAAGAAGAAUUCUAAAAACAAUUGUAAUGUGACAGAUAUUGAGACUCUGAGAUUCUAAAAAUUAAUUUUAAAUGUGAGAGAUUUUGCUCUAGUAAAUUUCGAAUUAGUUUUAUGUAGUUCUAUGUGAAGUAUUUUCCAGUCUUAUUAUUUCCAUUUUCUUGGGAGGAUGUAACAUAUACUUAUGUAUAUUUAAGAUUCUUCAACUAUUCCGUUUUCUAUAUUUUUUAUGAGUAACUUCAAGCUAUUAUUAUAAGUUCCCUUAUCUCCAUAUCAUUUAAGAAGUCGUAAUCAAAUUAUUUAUAUGUUUAUACAAUAGGAAAACCUUUAACCACAUUUUUUCGUAAGACAGGACUAGUCUUAAACUCGCUGGAUACUGUCACGAUAAUAUACCAUACAUUUUUUUAUGGAAUAUUUCUUGAAUUUUUGUAGAAUAAAUCAAUGAUAGACGGAGUGCCACAUAUUUCACAGAUAUGACCUUACGAGAAAAUCUUUUAGUAGUAUUGUCCAAAAGCUCAGCACUGCUAAACGAAGGUUCUCUUUUGUUAUCAGAUAAUAUUGUAUGAAGGCAUUCUACAUAUGUAUGUACAUAAAUGAGAUGAGAAACUACCAUAGAUCCUGCCAAAAGCCGCUUAAGAUUUUCCUUGCUUAAUAGUACAUGUUAUUUUUGAUCAGUAUUGUUUGGCAUUUCAUCGUGGAAAGACUUACGCCUAAACAACGCCUAACAACGCUUCGCUCAACUUAUGGUCAGCAUAAUCGGCUUACUGAGCAUACUUUUCGCAACAUCAUCACCCUUCUUGAGACCCAGCAUUCAUUAUCAGAUAAUGUUCAACCGAAUAGACUACCUAUAGCAUCCGUAGCUGAAAGUGUACACCAAGACUGUGGAGAGUCGACUCGACGCCGUUCGCAACAACUCGGACUGACGUAUGAAAGGACUUUGAUCUUAAAUUGAAAGCGUGCGAAAUACGGCAUGUGCAAGAACUGAAGCCGCUAUGGAAUCUUGAAAAGUUCCAAGAAGAUCCGACGUUUUUGAACCAAAACAAACAAAAUUGCCGUAUUUGUGACGAAGAGCAACCCGAAGAGAAUCAAGAGCUGUCAUUUUAUCCAGAAAAAAACGGUUUGGUGUGUUUUGUAGGCCGGUGAAAUCAGCGGUCCAUAUUUCUUCAAAAAUGAAGCAGUUUGAGAACGUAACCGUUAAUGACGACCGUAAUGACGCCGACAAUUUGAUAAAUUUUGAAAUUAAAGCUCGUGAUCUCGUCAACAUUUGGUUUCAACAAGAGAGCGCCAAACCCCACACAUCACAUCAAUCGAGUAAUUUAUUGAAAAAACACUUCGGUGAGCAGAUUGGUCACCAAGGUCGCAUGAUAACACAUUGUUAGACUUUUUCCUCUGGGAAUAUGUAAAGUCUAAAGUCUAUGCGGAUUCCUCAGUAAAUUUGAAGUUUCUGUAUUUUUUCUUUAAAGAAGUAAGGAACCUGAAAAUGGAUCACCCUUUAUAUAUUUAGUUUCCGAACCGACACUAAACUUCUUCAAUAAGAGCAAAUUAAGGAAUCUCAUGCUAGUGAACUCACGUUUCACCGUUUAAUUCACUUUUAUUUAUCGUAUACAGGUUUACAGUUUGCUUAGAUCCUUAACAGUUUGUGGGGAGUUGUGCUGCUCACUUGCCACCACCGCCACCACCUCCAC